AUGGUUCCAACAGAAGAAACCUCAAACUCCAAACUCAGCAUAGCCAUCAUCGGCGGCGGCCUAGGAGGACUAGCCCUAAGCAUCGGACUACUUCCCUACCGCGAUCAUCUCACAAUCACCAUUUACGAAGCGGCACCCCGCUUCGCGGAGAUUGGCGCCGGUAUUGCAUCGGGUCCUAAUGCUGUUAAUGUGCUGGGGUUGAUCUCGCCGGAUAUUUUGAAGGGUUAUAGAAAGUGUGCGACGUUUAAUGAGACGCGGGAUAGGGAUAAUGCGUGGUUGACUUUUAGGUAUGGGAUGGAUCGGAAGGGUGAGGGUGGGAGUGGAGAGGGGGAGGGAAAGAAAUUGGAUUGGAUUUGGAAUAUUGGGGAGAAGGGGAGGCCGUUGGGGGAGAUUUCGCAGGUUUUGGUGAGGGAGGGGAUUAAGAGGAGGAGUUGUGUGCAUAGGGCUAUGUUUUUGGAUGAGAUGGCCGCGUUGAUUCCGGAUGGCAUGGCAAGAUUUGGGAAGAAACUAUCAACUGUGGAGGAAUUGGAUACAUAUGGGGACGGUAAAGGUUUGAAGUUGACGUUUAAAGAUGGAGAAACGGCGAUGGCUGAUGUGGUGAUUGGUUGUGAUGGGAUCAAAAGUGCAACGAGGAAAUUCGUGAUGGGAAAUCAAUCCAUUGAGCCAAAAUUCGCAGAUAUCUAUGCUUAUCGAGCUAUGGUUCCUAGCGACGUUGCAAGGAAAGCAAUAGGAGAUGAUUUGGCGCUGAAUGGUCAAUUGUAUCUUGGGUACGGAGGAUAUAUGAUAAGUUACCCAGUGGAACACGGCGAUUUAAUCAACAUGGUCGCAUUGAAGAAAGCGGAAGGUAUGGAAUGGAAUAAGGAAAAUUGGUUGAUACCCGCCACCAAAGAAGAAAUGUUGUCUGAUCUAGAAGGCUUUGAAACCAAAUUGGUACAAUUGAUAACGGAAUAUGGAACGAGAGAUAAGUGGGGACUAUUCGAUCUUCCACACGCGGAAAAGUAUUACCGUGGAAGAACUUGUCUAAUGGGUGAUGCUGCGCACGCCAGUACACCACAUCUAGGAGCUGGCUCGGGAAUGGCAUUCGAGGAUGCUUAUAUUUUAAGUCGUCUAUUUGAGGGCGUCAGAAAUAAAGAUGAUGUUGAGAAUGCGCUAAGGGCUUAUGAUGCGGUGAGAAGACCGAGGUCGCAGAAACUUGUCAGGGAUAGUAGGAGGACGGGAGAUAUCAUCUCGUUUUCUGAUGAUGAAUUUGGGGAUGAUAUGGGCAGGAUUCCGCAUGAGGUUGAUUUGUUGUAUGAGUGGGUUUGGGAUUAUGAUAUCGAGGGGAGUUUACUAGAGGCGAAACAGCUUUCGGGUAUACUAUGGCCCAAGUUUUUGACCGCUCUUCAUUUCCGAGUUACCAAUGUCAAAUGUGCUUAUCCACAUACUCCACCAUUGGACAUCUACGACGGCAUGAAGCUGUGCAUUCUGGACAACGGCUUUACGGUUGCCAUUUUUGUGAUCAACGCUUUUUCAGAUCAGAUGCUGCCAGAAGACAUUCAAAAUCUUGCCCAAGUAGGGGUGAUAGACCGGUGCCUCAACCCAGGCAAAGAGGAAGGCAGAGGCAAUCAUGCGACUCUUGUGCAAGAUCGAAACGAGCCUGCAAUCAAGGACAUCCCUACAUUGCAAUCUGCACAAGAGACAGGGACUUCAGUGCAAGAAUCGCACGGUCCUGUGACGAUACAGUACGAGCAGACCAGCAAUAAUGCCACAGCUUCAGACAUACCAUCUCAAGAUCCCCGGAUGCAAUUCAACUUUCUUCUUCAUUAUACAAAGCCGGGGAAGGGCAGCCUUUUGAAAUUCUUCGGCAAACCAACGACCACCAAUAUACCUACUCCAAUAAAUUCCUCCGCGAUCUCCUCAUCAUUCGUCCCAAGUUUUCCAGUCCCAAAUCUUUCUAGCGAAUUAGAUAAUUUUAUGCAAAGUGUUGCAUUGCCCAUAUUGGACGAGUAUAUUUGGAGUAGUGAGAUCAACACUCCUCAAAUUAACCCUUCCAUACAAUACUCGCCUCAAUUGGAAUAUCGGCUUCAGGAACUCAGAUCAAAACUUAUUACCACCCAACAGAAACUAUUCGAGCACUCUGAUGGAGACGUGCCAUACUUUUCCGAGGAGAUGAGGAGUGUUUUGUUUACGGUGACUAAUCUGGUAGAUUUUACUCAAUUGUUUUUUGAUCACUGGUAUCCCAAUUGUCCUAUUAUACAUCAACCUACGUAUAACCUCGAAACAGUCUCGCUUCCAUUGUUAUUUGUUGUAUUUCUCAUUGGCGCAGCCUAUUCGUCACCCCGAGAUACAGCUAGCUUAGCAGUAUCGUGCGGUGCUCUAUGCGAGGACUUUGUUUUCGAGGACGAUGAUCUGAAGUCACUACUUCGUACUGAGAGGGGAGGUGAAGAUUCGGCUAGUCUCCAGAUUGUUCAAGCUGCAUUUCUUGUAUCGGUACUGCAGAAUUGGCAGAAUGGACCACUGGCACGGACGAGGAUGUGCAAUAGGCGGUAUUGUGAAGUUGUAAAUAUUGCGAGAAUCCUGGGACUUACCUCGUCAAGAAAUAUGUACGCUACGGGAAUUUAUCCUUUCGACUGGAUAGGUUAUGUUGAAGCAGAAGCAAAAGUUAGGGUUAUGACUUUGAUAUAUCUUGUAGAUUCACACUAUACCCUUUUCAAUAAAUUUCCACCACGUUUAAUGAUUGGCGAAAUGAUCGGUGAUAUUUCAUCUUCAGAUGAAGCAUUUGCCGCUACAGAUGCUCUUGUUUGCGAAGGAUAUCUGAUAGGAACAAACGAGGAAUCGCGAGCCUCCCUAGCAACCUCGAUAGAGUGGCUCAUGGGGGAUGAAUGGGAUCCGAUUCACCAUCAUGGUCUUACAACUCUUAAUUUAUUCACAUUCCUCAACUGUAAAUAA